AUGAAGCAAUUUAUAACCGAAUCAUUUGUUGGUCUGAUCUUGUAUCGAAUUUCAGGUCGCAAGCUAUUUUUACACCGUGAUGAGUUACCUGGUUAUGUCAUUCCUGAAAAGUACUUGGUUAACAACGAUAAGCGUCCAGAGUAUGAGUUCCCCGAGAGAGAAGGUGAUGAAGCAGGAGAACAACCAAAUAACAAUGAAAACCACAACUCUAGGAGCAAUGACAACAUUGAUGCUGCUAAUGAAUUACCAAAUGACGAUAUAGAUGAAAAUGAGAAGCAAAAGAAGGAUCUCAACACCGACAGCGCUUCAGAAUCAACUAAAACAACCACAGAAUUAAAUGCCAAAGAUGACUCAAAUUCAGAUUACAUAAUAGUCACAUGGGAUGGAGAUGAUGAUCCAGAUAAUCCAUACAACUGGCCAUUUUAUCUCAAGGCAAUCAUGGCUUUUCAAAUUGCUUUCUUAACUGUGUCAGUGUACAUGGGAUCAGCAAUCUAUACCCCCGGUGUCCAAGAUAUUAUGGAGAAAUUCAACAUUAAUGAAACUAAAGCAGUGUUGCCAUUGACGAUGUUUGUUAUUGGAUACGGUAUUGGACCCAUCUUUUUCAGUCCAUUGAGCGAGGAUUCUCGAAUUGGUAGAACUCCACUAUACAUUGUUACGUUGUUCAUUUUUUGUAUGAUGCAAAUCCCAACUGCUUUGUCAACAAGUCUUGCUGGAAUGGCUGUGUUGAGGUUGAUUGCCGGGUUUUUUGCUAGUCCUGCUUUGAGCACAGGUGGCGCUUCAUUUGGUGAUUUUAUUACAUUGCCUUACUUUGUUGUUGGAUUGGCUACUUGGUCUUUGGGCGCUGUUUGUGGUCCCAGUAUCGGACCAUUGAUUGGUGCAGUUUUGGUGCAAAGAGGUGGUCAUAAUGGAUACGAAAGUUGGAGAUGGACAUUUUGGUUUAUGGCUUUAAUUUCGUCAUGCUUUUUGAUCCUAGGUUGGACAUUACCGGAAACUUAUGCCCCUAAAUUGUUACGCCAAAAGGCAGAAAGAUUGAGGAAAUUAACUGGAAACAACAAGAUUGUAUCUCAAGCUGAGUUGGAUCAUGGUGCAUCUUCAACAGGUGAAGUUGUUAGGAAGUUGUUUUGGCGCCCUUUUGAAAUCACAAUCACAGAACCAGUGGUGCUAUUGAUUGGUAUUUAUAUUGCUUUGGUUUACAGUAUUCUUUACUUGUUUUUCGAAGCUGUCCCCAUUGUGUUUCAAGAAACCAAACAUUUCACUUUGGUUGAAAUGGGCGUAACUUAUCUUUCGGUUGUCAUUGGUAUCUUUAUUGGUGGUGCCAUCUACAUUCCAUACGUUUACAAGGUGUUUACCAAACCAUUGCUUGCUGGAGAUUACGGUAAAGUGACUCCAGAGAUUUUUUUACCACCAUCAAUUUUCGGAGCUGUUUUGAUGCCUAUUGGAUUAUUCAUCUUUGGAUGGACUUCUUCCCCCAAGAUCCAUUGGUUCCCACCAUUGAUUGGAACAGGAGUCUUUGCAAUGGGUGCAUUCAUCAUUUUCCAAACAUUGUUCAACUAUAUGGCUGCUAGUUUCAAAGUUGAAUACUUGGCCUCUGUAUUUUCAUCCAAUGCAUUUUUCAGAAGUGUUGUUGCUGGUUGUUUCCCACUCUUCGGAAGAGCUUUAUUUUUGAAUUUGAGUAUUCAUAAUUAUCCAGUUGGCUGGGGUACAACAUUGUUGGCAUUUUUGUGUUGUUUAAUGAUUCUCAUCCCAGUGUUUUUCUAUUUGAAUGGACCCAAGUUGAGAGCAAGGUCUAAAUAUGCUAAUCACUAA